GGCGCGCGACGACACGGUGGGAGGAUUUCCUGCUUUCAUUGUCACCAUGUUACCGGUACCUGUCCUGCUGCUGUUGGUUGCCUUUCAUCCCUCAACAGCAGCACAGCUGCCAGGCCAUGCUCCGACCAAGGAUGUCCCCAUAGCCACCAACGGUCAGCCAUUCCCCUGGGACCGCAUGAGACUUCCUAAAACCAUUUCCCUCUUCCACUAUGAUUUGACCAUCCACCCCAACCUGACUACCCUCCACUUCACUGGCGUUGUUCGUAUCCAGCUGGAUGUGCACGAAGACACCAGCAUCAUUGUUCUCCAUGCCAAGCAGAUGCAGAUAUCCAAUGUGUGGCUCCUUGCCCCUGAGGGUGUGAGGCCUCUACAGCUGUUGGAGUAUCCCCGUUUCCAUCAGCUCGCCCUGCUGUCAGACUCGAUGCUGACCAAAGGUAGGAGGUAUGAAGUUCAGCUGGGGUUCGCUGCCAACUUAUCUGACAGCUUUCACGGUUUCUACAAGAGCAGCUACCUCACCAGCAGUGGGGAAGUCCGGGUUAUGGCAUCCACGCAGUUUGAAGCCACCUUUGCUCGUGGAGCCUUCCCCUGUUUUGAUGAGCCCGCCUUCAAAGCCAAGUUCACCAUACGGAUUAUACGAGAGCCACGCCACAUAACCAUAUCCAACAUGCCCAAGGUAAAAACAGUGGAGUUGCCAGGCGGUUUGCUUGAGGAUCACUUUGACACCACUGUAAAAAUGAGCACUUAUCUGGUGGCCUACAUUGUGUCUGACUUCCUGUCUGUGAGCAAGACCACCCGGCAUGGUGUCCAGAUUUCAGUCUAUGCUGUACCUGAAAAGAUCAACCAGACAUCUUUUGCGUUGGAUGCUGCCGUUGAGCUGUUGGACUUUUAUGAGGACUAUUUUGAUAUUCCUUACCCGCUUCCUAAACAGGACCUGGCUGCUAUCCCUGACUUCCAGUCAGGGGCGAUGGAGAACUGGGGUCUGACCACCUACAGAGAGACGGGCCUCCUCUUCGACCCUGACAAGUCCUCAGCUUCAGACAAACUGGGCAUCACCAAAGUCAUCGCCCAUGAGCUCGCCCACCAGUGGUUUGGGAACCUGGUGACGAUGGAGUGGUGGAAUGACCUGUGGCUCAAUGAGGGUUUCGCCAAGUUCAUGGAGUUUAUUUCUCUCGACAUCACCUACCCAGAGCUGCAAGUGGACGACUUCUUCUUGGGGAAAUGUUUUGAGGCCAUGGAGGUAGACUCCCUCAGCUCCUCUCACCCCGUCUCCACACCUGUGGAAAACCCCACGCAAAUCCAGGAGAUGUUCGACGACGUUUCAUAUGACAAGGGAGCAUGUAUUCUGAAUAUGCUGAGGGAUUUCCUGACUCCUGAAGCCUUUGAGAUUGGCAUCAUCCGCUACCUCAAGCGCUACAGCUACCAAAACACUGUCAACAGCCACCUGUGGGAGAGCCUAACUAAUAUCUGCAGCUCAGAUGAUCUCGACGAAGGCCGAAUGAAACAUAAAGAAUUCUGCUUCAAGCGAGACCUCCAGUCUGGAGCCUCUAAAUGGUACUCCGGUGAUGAGCUGGAUGUGAGGGCCAUCAUGGAUACUUGGACGCUGCAGGAGGGCUUCCCACUGGUCACUGUGGAGGUCAGAGGUCGGGAGGUCAGGCUCAGUCAAGAGCGUUACCUGAAGACAGAUGACUACUCCCUCACUGAAGGGUUCCUGUGGCAGAUCCCACUGACCUACAUGACUAGCGCCUCCAACACCAUCCACCGCUUCCUGCUUAAGACAAAGACCGAUGUCCUGUACCUGCCGGAGGAGGUGGACUGGGUGAAGUUCAAUGUGGACAUGAGCGGCUACUACAUGGUCCACUACGCAGGCGAGGGGUGGAACUCUAUUACCAAACUGCUGCAACACAAUCACACAGCCCUGAGUAGCAACGACCGCGCCAGCCUCAUCCACAACGUCUUCCAGCUGGUCAGUACAGAUAAGGUGAGGCUGGACACGGCUCUGGAGCUGUCUCUGUACCUGUCUAGAGAGACUGAGAUCAUGGCUGUGACUCAGGGCUUUGGAGAACUCGUACCUCUCUACAAACUGAUGGAGAAGAGAGACAUGGCUGCUCUGGAGAACCAGAUGAAGGACUACAUUGUGGAUCUGUUCCGGGGGCUGAUUGAUCGGCAGGAGUGGACUGACUCUGGAUCAGUGUCUGAGCGAAUGCUGAGGAGCUAUCUGCUGCUGUUUGGAUGCGUCAGGAACUAUGCUCCCUGUGUGACCAAAGCCACCCAGCUCUUUAACAGCUGGAGGGACUCUGAUGGCACCAUGAGCCUUCCUGUUGACAUCACCAUGGCUGUGUUUGUGAUUGGAGCUCGAACACCCGAAGGGUGGGACUUCCUGUUUGAGAAGUACCGCCGUUCGAUGCAAAUGUCUGUAAAGAGCCGCAUGAAGACUGCAAUGGCCGUCAGCCCACUACAGGACAAGCUACAGUGGAUGAUGGAGCAGAGCCUCCACGGUGAGGUAAUGAAGACUCAGGACCUUCCAGAUGUAAUCGUCUCUGUCAGCAAGAACCCCCGUGGCUACAAACUGGCCUGGGACUUCUUACGAGCCAACUGGCACACCUUGAUCAAGAAAUUUGACUUGGGCUCUAGCACCAUAUCAUACUUGGUGACUGGGGUGACCAACCAGUAUUCUACCAGGGAGAUGUUAGAUGAGGUGAGAAGCUUCUUCGGCUCACUGACUGAGGAAUCGGGCUCGGAGAUGAGAUGUAUCCGGCAGACCUACGAGACCAUCGAGGAAAACGUCCGCUGGAUGGACACCAACCUUCCGCUCUUGCAGACCUGGCUCGACAAACGCAGACACAGAGCUGUGCAUGAAGAUUUGUAGCUCCAGAGGAAACAAAAACGUUUGCAAUGUACAAUCAUGUUGCUAAAG